GAUGCACUUUGAGCCUUUCAAGAGGAAGUCGAGGAGAUUUUCUCAGUGAGAAAAUUCUUUUUCGCCAUGAGAGGUGCUGGUAGAAAAUCCUUUUGAGAGAAGGCGACGAUGUCACUGGAGCUGAGCUGAAAGGAAACUUCAUCUUGCUGUACAUCUGACAUUGCAACCAGGAGGUCGUACCGGCUUCCAAGUGAUUCUCGAGUUAAAAACAAAGGCUUAAAAGAAUUAUGUACGGUGGCAGCGGCUACGGCGGUGGUGGCGGCUUCGGCAGCAGUGGCUUCGGCAGCAGUGGAGGCGGCUUCGGCGGCAGUGGAGGCGGCUUCGGCAGCAGUGGCGGGGGCUUCGGAGGCGGCUUCGGCAGCAGUGGAGGCGGCUUCGGCAGCAGUGGCGGGGGCUUCGGAGGCGGCUUCGGCAGCAGUGGCGGGGGCUUCGGAGGCGGCUUCGGCAGCAGUGGCGGGGGCUUCGGCAGCAGCGGCGGCGGCUUCAACUCCCCGUCCCCAACCCCAAGGGGUUUCUCACUGGAUGAUUUCUCUCAAAAGAAAAUGCCUUUCCUAGGUGAUGGCUUCAAGCCUACCUACCUGCCGAGAGCCACCGUGGCCAGACCUACUGGGAGAGCCAUAUACUUGCAGAGAAGGGAGUACACGGAGGAGCUGAACAAAAAACUAGACAAUCUUCACGCCAGAGUGGAGCAUGUGUUCACGUGUAACCUGGAUGGCAAGGAGCUGAAGACGAUAGAGGACUGUCUGGCCAAGCUCAAGAGGCUGGAUGCCAAAGGUCGUCUGUGGCCUCAGGAGAUGAUCAUGGAGGUUCAGGGAGAAUAUCUCCUGCUCACUGACAUCGAGACUAAGUCGGAGCUGGACGCGGUGCCUUUGACUUCCAUCUCCCAAACCAAAGCUGUGUUGGACAGCUGUGCCUACAACUCUCUGCUCAUACUAAGUGUGCAGAAACGCAAGAAACGUCAGGCCCAGGUCAUGAUGUUCCAGUGCGAGGAGACCGGGGCAGAGCUCCUUAAGAUUGAACUGGAUAACGACUUGGACAAAGAAGACGAAGACCCAGAGCCACAAAAAGAGCCGCCUGACAACAGGACCGAUCUUAAUAAUGUAAAUGGACAACAGAAUCCAGGAAGGUUCAAGGCAAAAGCGCCGCCUCCUCUGCAGCCAAGUUGGAGUCCAACGCCACAGGAAAUUGUGCCCCCAACGUGGGCCGACGACACGUUUCCACCUCGGCCAUAUACUCCGCCUCAGAAACAUUAUCCACCUCAGCAAAAUGUUCCACCUCAGCAAAAUUUUCCACCUCAGCAAAAUUUUCCACCUCAGCAACAUGUUCCAUCUCAGCAACAAUAUCCACAAGAAAGGAUGCAGCAUUCUGACUUGUAUGAUGCCCGAAACAGCCCUGAGGUUCCUCCUGAUUUGCCAGAAAUACAGAAGAACACGGAUGUUUUUAAUCAAAUUGUCCAAGACUUGGAGCUCUUCCUGGAUAAACUGAACCCCGCUGUAAACCCAGGUCCACAACCAGGGAUGAACAUGAAAAAGACAAAAUCUACGAGACUUGUCAUACCACCUACAGUUGCUGCUCUACCAUCUUGGGUAGAAUACACCUCCUGUCUACAGAAAAUUAAAUAUGGAUUCAACCUGCUGAGCCAGCUGGAGGGGUCACUGUCAAACCCCAGUGCUUCGGAGUUUGUCCACAUCUUCUUCUCUGCUCUACGUGCGAUGGUUUCUCGGUAUCCUCCGGACCUGCCUUCCACCGUGGUCUCCCCCCUGCUGACAGACUCCGCCAAGAUGAUGCUCAACCAGGAACUCAACCCAGAUGAGAUGCAGUUCUGGCAGUCUCUGGGCAACAGCUGGACCAUCUCCAGGUCUAAAUGGCCCACUGACGACGUCCCUAUCUACGUCCCAUACCAAAACUCGCAGCCUCAACCACCCACUAAUAGACCUUCCCCACCCCUUCGCAGACCUUCACCCCCGCCUCAUCAGCCAGCCUCCCGCAGACCUUCCCCCAUCCCUCAAAGCCCAGUCAUUCGCAGACCUUCCCCACCCCCUCGCAGACUUUCCCCCACCCCUCACAGCCCACCCGCUCGCAGACCUUCCCAGAUGCCGUACGAGAACAGGGGCGCCAACAACCCGUACUUGCCUCUUGGCCACCCCAGCAGGCCAAAUGACAACGCCCAGAACUACCAGUCCAGGUCAUCUGCACACCAACCAAAUGAGUCUCAGACCGACGGACUACACAGCCCUCUGCCAACAAACGAGCCGCUGACACAGGUGCGCGCCAUGUACGACUUCAGGGCCAGGAACAACCAGGAGCUGACCGUGAUGAAGGACGAGGUGGUCGAGGUGGUUAGGAAGACCAACCAAUGGUGGACUGUUCGCAACCAACACAAUGAGGAGGGCAACGUCCCUCACAACAUCUUGGAGCCGGUCUCGGGUACCAGACCCAUGGAGGCUCCAUCGUGGGACAAUCGUGGCCAGGUGACUCUGGACGUGAACUCCAGCGCUGGCGAUGUGAGAGCCUGGCUGGAAUCCAAGGGGUUCUCCAGAAUCACCAUCUCUAGCCUCGGAGUACUGACGGGACAACUGCUUCUGGGUAUGAGCAAAGAGGAAAUAAUGGCGGUGUGUCCAGAGGAGGGAGACAAGGUCUUCUUCCACCUCCAGGGCAUUAAGUCAACAGCCGCACUGGCCAGUGAACCCCAGUACAGCCAAUACUAACGACCACGGCGCCGGUGCUUCCGACUCCGCUCAUCCAUGAAUCAACAUCUUUUAUCAUUGCAGUUAAAACUGAUCUUUUACUUUCAGCAUGAAUUGAAUUUACGGUACUUACUUACAUUAAAUGCUGAUUGAUUUUAUUUAAGAUAAACCAUGUUCAGAGUGAAAUGCCUACAUGUUGUGUAAUUUAUAAGCAGUUUCUAAGUGUAUCAAAUCAAGUGUAAAUCAAUUUGCAAUUUUGUUUGCAUAUAAUGUACUUGUGUUUAUAUAAAAUAAAUUGUGCCGUUUUCCCAAACUGUGAUUAAACACACCUAUCAGCCACAACAUUAAAACCACCAAGCGGUGAAGUGAAGAAUGCUGAAAGCUCUCAUGAAGAUGCAAUGUUGUGGGAAACGUGGGCCUGGAAUUUAUGUGGAUGUUACUUUGAUAUGUACCACCACCUGAAGGUUAAUAACACUGUAAUACAACAAAUUUUUGUAUACACACACACCUUGUCAAAGUCGCUUACUUUUCCAUUUGUCCUGUUUUCAACAUUUACUUUUGACAGGAGCCAUGAUAACAAAAUGAUCAGUGCGAUUCACUUGACCAGGUGGUCAUAAUGUUAUGGCUAAUCAGUAUUUAUGCAAAUAUGAACCCAAUAGCUUUUCACUCUUAUUAUCCACAGUGUUUUUUUGUGUCAUUGUAAGAAAUGUCUGAAAUACAAAGAACUACUUCAUGUUUA